CUUUAGUGGAAACACUAUAAUAUAAAAUACUAAUUUUCUUCAAUGACGUAUGGCAACGCUCCGUUUUAUUUAUAAACAAAUCGUGAAAUGGACUGGCUCGAAGUAAAUCACGUGUAUAGCAAACAAUUUUAAAAGGGAAGAUUUAAUAUUAUUUCAUCAAAUUCUAUCAAUUGCAAAUCAACAGAAUGUUUGCAAUUCGAAGACUGCAGUGUAGAAGAAUUUUUAAAUCUAAGUUCAUUACCAAUCAGCUGACAUCACUAUUGGAAAAUCCUCUUGAGCUACCACCAAAAUUUAUGUGCUUUACACGUGAAGCACAGCGCAGAAAUCCUGCUCUUCCAAGUUUCAACGAAGGAUCUUUUGCUAGUCGUUACUUUCCAACACCUAUUAUUGAAAGGACUGAGGAGAGGAUUAAAGAAAUAGUCUCUCAAAGAGAAAUCCGAACUACUGAAGACUGGAAUGAAAUCAAGAAUGAAUUAUUUAUUGACUUUGAAAUUUUAUCUGAAGUUAAUUUCAGUAGUAUAGUCAUGAAUUGUCUUUUAAUGUUAGAUAAAAUUAACGAAGCACAUUCUUUUAUGAAAUAUUUAAAAGACGUUAAUAUGGAACCUAAUUUCUUAACUUAUCUGAAAUAUAUGGCACUCUGUGGCAAAAAUGUUGAUCAGUGUGGAGAGGAAAUAAUUUUUCAAACUUUUAAGAAAGUUCAAAUUUUAAUUGAUUCUUCACCAGUGCUUGAUAUAAAACGUACAGAGCAUGUUAUUCAAGGAUUCUCUGCAACUAGUCAGUGGCGAAAAUGUUUUGAUUACUUAGAGAAAAUCCCUUGUGACCCAAAUUUUGAAAUUGUAAACUGUUUAACAGCAACAGCCAUUAAAAACAAUGAUGAAGUUUUAGCAUGGGAAUUACUUUCAAAAUGGUUCAAAGAACAUGGCAUUCCUAAGGCUAAUGUCUUGAAAGAAUUUGUUUUAUAUGCACAAAGACUUCAAUCAAAGAAUUGGAAGCAAGCUGAUGUAUUUAUUACGAAGCUUUUCCAAUUUAUGCAUCAAAGGGGUGCUAUAUUUGAUAUGGAAGUAGCUGAGUUAAUUGAAAUGUAUUUUAAAUGUCAUCCAAAUAGGUGGCAUGUUUCACAUGCAAAAGUAAGUCGAAAGGGUGAAUGUAAUUCUUGCAAAAGCAUUUUAAAACUUGUAGAUCUAUCAAAUGACGAUUUCUUAGAACUCAGAAAUAAUUUUCUUGAAAGAUCUGUGAAGAAAAGUGAUAUUUUUAUCAAUACAACUAAGAAAGAAUUUGAUCAAUACAUAAAAUUCAUUGAUACCAACAAACCAUUUGAAUUUGUUCUGGAUGGUCUAAAUGCUGCCCAUACAUUUGAAGGUGUAAAAAAUCCUAAGACCUUAGCUCGUCAACUUCUGAAAAUUGUUGAUCGAUUAUCCAAAUAUUCUGACAAGAUACUGGUUUUAGGUCGCUUUCAUAUGCAACAAUGGCCAAUAUACAUUAUGAACAAAAUAUCUCAAAAAGCUACAUUGUUUUACACUAGCAAUUCCUCUCAGGAUGAUCCUUUUAUGGUGUAUGCAGCUUUGGCAAGUGGUCCUGAAGCUUUUAUUGUUUCACAGGACUUGAUGAGGGACCACAUUGCACGUUUGGAUGACCCUAAACUCAUCUGGCAAUUUAAAAGGUGGCAACAAACACAUCAGAUAUAUUUAUCUGUCAGUGAGGAUAAUAAAUUGAAAUUUUUGGAACCUCUGCGCUACAGCAUCAACAUUCAAGGCAGCAUGAAGGAGGGAUGGCACAUUCCUUAUGAUGACAAGAUCAUAUUAGAUCCUUAUGAAGAGCUCAAUAACUGGCUUUGUGUACAUAAAGAACCAUAGUGAAAUAAAUUUUAUUUUUAAUUUACA